UGGAUUUCUUGCCGAAUGCUGGGCAUAACCUUCAGUCCAAAUAUGAUCACACUAAUGGGUUUCAUUUUCUUGGUCAUAUCAGCAUUUCUUGGUUAUAUAUAUUCACCUCAUUUAGAUACAGCUCCUCCGAGAUGGGUCCAUUUGGCCCAUGGAUUGCUUCUUUUUCUCUAUCAGACCUUUGAUGCUGUUGAUGGUAAGCAAGCAAGGCGUACAAGUUCCUCAAGUCCACUAGGAGAGCUCUUUGAUCAUGGAUGUGACGCGCUUGCAUGUACUUUUGAAACCUUGGCCUUUGGAAGUACUGCAAUGUGCGGAAGGAGUACUUUUUGGUUUUGGGUAAUUUCGGCUGUCCCAUUCUAUUUGGCGACAUGGGAACACUUCUUCACCAAUACGCUUAUUCUUCCUGUAGUAAAUGGACCCACAGAAGGCUUGAUGCUUAUCUAUGUUUGCCAUUUUCUGACAUUUUUUCUAGGUGCUGACUGGUGGGCACAAGAUUUUAGAAAAUCUAUGCCCCUCUUAAGUUGGAUUCCUUUUAUUCCUGAACUCCCAUUCUAUGGCGUUGUCAUAUUUUUGAUGACAGUUUUUGCAGUACUGCCGACAGUUUGGUCCAACAUUAGCAAUGUACAUAAGGUUGUUGAGGCUAGCAAAGGAAGCAUGUUGAUGGCAUUAGCCAUGCUCUUUCCUUUUGGGGUUCUUUUGGCUGGAGUACUUGUCUGGUCUUUUCUAUCUCCAUCCGACAUUAUGAGGAAUCACCCUCACCUGGUUAUUAUUGGAACUGGAUUUGCAUUUGGGUUCCUUGUGGGUAGGAUGAUUCUUGCUCACUUAUGUGAUGAACCCAAGGGUUUGAAAACUGGGAUGUGUAUGUCCCUGUUGUAUCUUCCUCUUGCCAUUGCAAAUGCCCUCACUGCUCGCCUCAUGGAUGGAGUUCCUCUUGUUGAUGAAUAUUUUGUUCUUCUCCUGUACUGCAUUUUCACAGUUGGACUCUACCUGCACUUUGCCACAUCAGUCAUUCAAGAAAUUACUCAUGCAUUGGGCAUCUGCUGCUUCAGGAUAACCAGAAAAGAAGCUUAAACAUUUUACAUUGGUGCACUUAUUUUGUACGCUCACAAAUUUGAUAUAUUCAUUAGUGGCCUUGACGCAAGGAAAAUGCCUGCCUCUUACCUUUCUUUUUUUCAAAAUUUCCCCUAAUAUAUUUCAAGGGUUUGUUGGGGAUUUUGUGUAAAAUUAGAAUAAUAUAUAAUUUUAUUGAUGUGAGAAAUAUGAUUGUAUUAUGUAUCAGAGGUGGCUCCUUGUAUCCUACUUAUUUGCAAAUAACAUUUGUGCUUAUUGUACAAAUCAUAUUUUGUUCUCAUUGCUAUUCUGGGGAUAUACGGGGAAAUUAUGUAAUAAAGCUAAUGUAUCCAUACAUAGGUGACGUACUAUAAUUAUUCAGUUAUGUAUUUUACCUCAACCCUUUGAUUUUAAAUGCCAUAUAUAAACAUCAGUUUGUGUAAA